GUUCGGAGUGCACGGGAUCAGAUCUGGACCAUUGAUUUUGCGGCAAUAGGGUUGCCCUGCCACGCGAUUUAUUUGCGUCCAGAUGCCAUGGCUGCGGGACAAGAGGGACGCUGGAGGGGGAGCUCCAUAAGAGAAAGCAGGCUUCAGCUGAUCAAGAACUUUAGUUGCUAGACUCGCAGAUUAAGUUUCAAGACAGUUGCUGAGAGAACCCUCUGAUGGCAGGUGGGAAUUUCAUGCAUCGGGUGCUCAGUUAUGUCAUCAAUGAGGUUGUUGUUAACGGCCUUGCCAAUAGUCCUGCAUUCCAAAGGUUUGCUGUGAGGACAUCGAAGACAUUGGAAGAUAUUUCGGUGAAAGCGAGUAAGAAACGGCAGGAGCUGGCAGAGCAGAUAAAGGAAGCCUCAAGGAACUUUGAUUCAUUCAAGAACUAGUCAUUUGACACUGAUGAAGUCAUGAAACUCCAUGUUGUAGAAGCUUUUGAAUUGAUCACUAUGGAGGACUUGGACAAUUUCUUUCUUCCUGCUUCAUUAAUUUUUCCAUGUGAAUAUUUUGAUGGCCCCCAACUAAUGCGGUCCCGUGCUUGUAUAAAGUUAGCUAUUGCAUGUGACAGUUUCACCGUCAUCUUGAUUCCAGAUUGUCCAAUAUGGGCUCGUGUUUGAGUGGUGUAUCGUCUAAAGAUGAUAAUAUGGUGGGAUCUAUAUGAAAUAUGAAAAUUGAAACUGUUGUAAGAUAAUGAGAGUUCUGUUUUUGGAAUUCCAGACUUCUUAACUUCUUCCA